AUGAAGCACCUUGACCUCAGCACGGAAGAUGCCCACAUGCUCCACCAAAAGUACUACAAGGAAUAUGGUCUUGCUAUUGAGGGCCUCACCCGCCACCAUAAGAUCGACCCGCUCGAGUUCAACUACGAGGUUGACGACGCUCUUCCCCUCGACGAUAUCUUGAAGCCCGAUCCCAAACUGCGCAAGCUAUUGGAGAGCCUAGAUCGAACCAAGGUGAAGCCUUGGCUGCUUACGAACGCCUAUGUCAGUCACGGGAAACGAGUCGUCAAGUUGCUGGGGGUGGAGGAUCUAUUUGAAGGAAUCACCUACUGCGACUAUGGCAACGUACCGUUGGUUUGCAAGCCCAGCCAAGAGAUGUAUGCGAAGGCGGAGAAGGAGGCCGGUGCUCCCAGCACUGAAUCUUGCUAUUUUGUUGAUGACUCUCACCUUAAUUGCAAACAUGCUGAAGCACGAGGCUGGACCACAGUUCACUUGGUAGAGCCUUGCAAUCCUACUCCCCGUAUCCCGGCCUCGAGAUACUUGGUCUCGAGUCUGCACGAGCUCCCAAUGCAUUUCCCGGACGUCUUCAAGAGCCAAGAGGCCGACACUGCCUAG